UUGAGGGGAGGAGAGGGGCCGCUCCGCAGCUGCCGGCCCCAUUUCCGCGGCGGGGGGCGCGCAGGGCGGGCGCUGGAUGCGCCGGCGGGGGAAGGCGGGCGGCAGCCGAGCGGGACCUGCGCGCGGCGCGGAGCGAUGAGCGCGGGCAGCGGCCCCGCCGGCGCGGCGGGUACCGCCACCUCCGCCCUCUGCCUGCUCCUCUCGCUCACCGCCGUGGCCGUCUGCCUGCUGCUGGGAGCCAAAACGGCGGAGCUGCAGGGCCGGCUGGCCGCCCUGGAGGAGCGGAGCGCGGCCGGCCCCGGGCCGCUGCUGGACGCGCUGCAGCCCCGCGUGGAGCAGCUUUUCCGCGAGAAACUGGGUGAAGGAUUAGCAAAACUGCGGACGGCGAGAGAGGCUCCGUCAGACUGCAUGUGUCCCCCAGGCCCUCCGGGGAGGCGGGGGAAGCCCGGCCGGCGCGGAGAACCGGGACCUGCCGGGCAGUCAGGACGUGAUGGUUACCCGGGGCCUCUUGGUUUGGAUGGCAAACCAGGACCUCCAGGACCAAAAGGGGAAAAGGGUGAAGCAGGGGACAUCGGCCCGAGGAUGGUUUUUCCCCGGCUCAAUCAUGGAUUUCUGGCUAACGAUCAGCUUGUCUUUAGCCGGCGAGUGCUCAAGGGUGAUCAAGGUCGAGAUGGAGCCACUGGCCCCCCUGGUCCGCCAGGACCCCCAGGUGCCCGGGGGCCUCCUGGUGACACGGGAAAAGAUGGCCCAAGAGGACCUUCAGGCCCCCCUGGUUUCAAAGGCGAGCCGGGAGAGGAUGGCCUCGUGGGUGCCAGGGGACCUCCCGGACCAAAGGGUGAGCCUGGCAUCCAAGGCAAAAAGGGUGAUGAUGGGGUGCCUGGGGAACCAGGACUUACGGGCCCUAAGGGAGAAAAAGGAAGCGUGGGUCCCAAGGGAGAGAACGGCACAGAUGGCUUGCCAGGACCCAAGGGUGAACCUGGUGAGAAGGGAGGAAUUGGCUCCAUUGGACCCCGGGGUCCCCCCGGCCUGAAAGGGGAACAGGGUGACACCGUAGUGAUCGACUACGAUGGCCGAAUCCUGGAUGCGCUCAAGGGUUCACCAGGUCCCCCAGGGCCACCGGGGCCCCAAGGCGCUCCAGGUCCCAAGGGAGAGCUGGGCUUGCCGGGUCCACCUGGACUGGACGGUGAAAAGGGUCCCAAAGGAGCAAAGGGUGACCAGGGCAGCGUGGGAAUCACGGGACAGAAAGGAGAGACAGGAGAAAUGGGCUUAGCGGGUCCACCGGGAGCAGAAGGGCCAAAAGGAGACAAAGGAGAAAAAGGAGACACCGGGUCACCGUGUUUGCAGAAUAAUCAUAUCAUACCCGAGCCUGGACCCCCCGGAUUACCCGGCCCUAUGGGUCCUCCAGGAAUCCAGGGGCCUAAAGGCUUGGACGGGGCAAAGGGAGAAAAAGGUGACAGCGGUGAGAAGGGGGACCACGGCGACACUGGACCUGCUGGUCUCCCGGGUGCUCCAGGGCUCAUCGGUUUACCCGGUACCAAAGGAGAGAAGGGAAAGCCAGGGGAGCCGGGAUUGGAUGGUUUCCCAGGUCUCAGAGGAGAGAAAGGAGAGAGAAGUGAAAGAGGCGAGAAGGGUGAGCGAGGAAUACCAGGGAGAAAAGGAGCCAAAGGGCAGAAGGGGGAACCAGGCCCUCCCGGACUGGAUCAGCCUUGUCCUGUGGGACCAGAUGGACUGCCAGUAGCAGGAUGUUGGCAUAAGUGAUCUCUAAGCAUGAAGCACAAUAUGUAAAUAAUGUGAUAUAUUUUGAUCUUUUUAAUUUUUGUAUAAAAAAAGGAAAAAAAAAAACUUUCAACAGUAAUAUAUUGACCUUUUUUUAUACUGGAUUCUGUCAUUUAUGGACUUUGAAAAUACUGUAAAGCUCCCAAACCCGUAAGAUACGCAUGAUAACAUCAAGAUUUGAUAAAGGUACCAAUGACAGUAGCUGGGAAUGAACGGUAUUCACUGCUAAUGUUGCUGCACGAACUAACAGUACUGAGACAGCGUGUUGCCUAGUGUGCCUUAUCACAUGAAGGAGGGAGAAAUCCCUGUCCUAACUUGGCUCUCAACUCUGUAUUUGCCUUGCACAUGCACAUUAAAAGGGUGAAAAAAACUGGCUGAAAACAAAGAAGAAAAAAAGGAUGCAGCCCUAGAAAUGAAAGAAGCUGCUGUAUACCAUCUGGUCAAACAAGAGAAGGACUUGCCACUUGCAGAGGAAACAAAGCCAAGCUCCAUUCAUUGCUACCUGUUGUUGAUAUGAUGGAAAUAGCAAUCCUUUGGCUAAACAGAACAACCUUGACUACCUGUGGUUAUUUCCACUACUAUCAAGAAAAGCUUUUUUUUCUCAAGAGGAAGCACCUCUGGGUCCUGUUCUGGGGUCUGUGGCUGAAGAUGUGCAAGCGCUUUAUUACUGUGGAAUCCAAAUUCCCCAAGAAACCUCCACUGCAGAAUUUCAAAACACAAAAACUGAGUAAUACUUUCAGUGUAGAGAGUUGCAGGACAGGGAGGGCUCUGCUGAAGUAUUUUCUGAAACAACAGAGCACAUAAUGUUGCUGUUGGGCUUCCCAAAACUUAGGAGUUUGGAGUAUUUAAUUGUCUUGGUUUGUGGGGUUCAUUUGCAUUUGAUUUUUCUUGGUUUACGUGGUUUUAAUUGUAAACUCUGUAACUCUGCACACCCCUCUUGUCCUCUUCCUUCUCUCCCUUUUUUCGCUCUUUCUUUAAAUUAUCUCAUCUCGGGCACAUCCCAUGCAGAGCAGGGUAAUGAAUAAAAGGAGGAUUAUGAUUUUGGUAUCUUCAUAUGGCAUUAAAUGAGAUCAAUUAAAAAAUUGCCACCUAUUAUGCUGUUCACAUUUUUAAAGAUGUUGGAAAAAACAGAGACACUGCAGUAAAGAGCCAUAAAAAAAUGAUUUCAGGGAGGAAGAAAAUGGCUUACAGCCAAGUCUGUUCAGCUUACAAUGAAGAUCAAGAGGCAAUUGGAUUCCUUUACAGGGAGGAGAUACUUUAUAUUAACAAGUUCUUAAACUGAGCAGAGAAAGAUGUACAAAUAUCCGUCCAAUGGGUAGAAGCUGAAGCUAUGCAAAAUCAAAUAAAGCAAGCCAUGGAUUUUUAAAGGUGAUACUGGUUAAUCCUAACCAGACCAGUGAUGUAAUCCCCAUCACUUUAAUGCCUUUUUGAUUUAACAGAUCAUUUCUGGAGGAAAUACUUUAGCCCAAUGCAAGUUGCUAGGCUCUUUGUAAGAGUCUUAGGUGAAAUUAAGAGCCUGACCACGAUAUCAAACCAGAUGAUAUCGGGGCCCUUUGUGGCCUUGAUCCUGGAGAAUACAGAAGGGAGUCAUUUUUUGAGCACUGAGUAGAUCCAAACCCUCUAUUAGACCCUUGUUCCACUGCAUGUCUUAUGGCAGCUACUGCCAGAGAGGACUCGAGAGAGGGAUGCGACCAUCCAGGGGCAACCUGCCCCGUACAGGCUGACCUAGCACGAAGGUAGCUCUUGCUCCGAUAUUCUGAAGAACAGUAGGAACAUGCUCAGUGCUCCACGCAGGCAGGGUGAUGAUUGACUGAUGGCUGUGAGUUCUUAUCUGUGACUGGGUCCUAGGUGUCCUUGAGCUGACCCUUUUAGUCAGCUGGGAGCAUUUGUUAUCUGCUGGCAAAUGCUGCAACAGCCAUCUAGCUUGGUAGACGUGGACACAAAAGACUUACGGCUGUAGGCAGUGAACUUUUGUUACCUGUCUUUGUUAGCUGCUUAGGGUCUACACCUACACAUUGUUUGCUUUGUGGCUAUACUUUGCAUCUUUACCAGUUACUGACCGUUUUCUUGGUCACCACAUAGAUUAAAUCCAUGUAAAUUCAGAUCAACUAACAAAUCAAGAAACAAGAAUUAUUUAACUCAAAACAGCAAUGAAAAUGCAUUUUAUUUACUUCCAUUUCAUGUUGUUAGCUAUCACUUUUGGUGUAGGGGUUUUUAAAGGCAUAAGGAGCAGUUGAACAAGCUCCCACUGGCUUCUAGUGCUUUUGAAAAACCCCUUUACUGUCCCAAAUUAAAGCUAAAAAUCUUCUUCUGUGGAAGGUUGAAGGCAAAUCUCUCAUUGAUGUCACCGGGAAGAAGAUCUGUAUUUGUUCCCUUAAUGUACAGUUGCUCUUCCCAUCUCCCCCAGUCAUCUCCAAACUAAAAGCAAUUCACUACUCCAAACCACGCUGUGGGCUUCUACACUCAAAUUCCUGCACGUGUCCUGUUCAUGGAACCUCUAUCGAUAUCAAUGAGAGUUCAGUCCCCAGAAUGACUGCAGAAAGCACAAGAAUCUGGAAGUGUCCACAAACAAUCUACAAUGCAGAUAGAAAAGUCUUGUUUUACAUACGCUGGCAAAAACUAAACAGCUUUCUAUCUAGCUCCUACUUGAAGAAGUUUGAUAUCACUGAAGCUACAAGACAAGCUAACCUCCAAAGCUUAUGAAAUUAUAUUAAAAUUUAUAUUUUCUCUGAGGAAAUACCCCGAAGUCCUAUUAUCUUCAGGUAAACAAGUCAGUAUUCCGUCUUCAACUUGUGGAAUAUCCAGUGCUUGUAGGCAUCAACUGUGACCACUGCCAGGCCUGCAAAACAUUGAUACAGAAUACCAGAAUAGUGCUUUACCUAUUGCUCUAAUCGCUCUGCAUGGCAGCCGUCCCCCUCCCAACACAGAGCCUCUGCUGCCACAGAACCCAAGACAUUUGUUUGUAACGGAGGAAGAGAGCCCAUUUUGAAUCGACUAAACCUCUAAACCGGGAUUUUUCUUCCCCGUCCCCGAGGCACAGCCUGACCACUCACGGCGCUUCCAUGCCACUCAAGGAGGAAGGCUAGAAUUAUCUUCCAAGCACAGGACUGCGGCUGGUAUCCAUACCCAUCAGCGCUACCACCUCAGCUGCCAGACCUUUUAGUGAUCACCUUUGAAAAUUCCCAGGUAAAUGCUCUCUCUGCAUUGGUUUAUUCUGCACCCCAAAUACGGUGAGUCCAGCACGUACAAAGGAGAUCCAGCUACGCACCUGCAGCAAGUCUGGUACGUUCAGGACGUCUGACUUACUGCACGUGUACGGAUCUGCAGCCUGUGUGCAGCAGCUUCUCUGGACUUCUGCCGCUGUCAUUCCCAUUGGAAAUGCCAGCAGGUACGGAUCCUGCUGCAUACAGCGCCUAGUGCCGCUUCAGCUACGAGGAACUAACCAGUAGAUGUCCGAGGAUCUGCUGGUGGUACGUCUACUCUACUAACUCCUCCUGUUGCCAAAGCUCAGCUGAGACCUGUGGAAAGCGGAGCUCCCCGGGCAAGGCUGCUGCGGGGGGCUGCGGCUGGGAUCUGCGCUUGAAGUCCUUCCCGAUCCUCAGCUGAGAUCAGUGCAUUUGGCCUUUGCAUUCUGAACUCAGUGUUCCUUGUCGAUCGUAUCACGUGGAUCGACAGACUGUAUCAGAGGAACUGCUGAUUUUUGUAUCGAUUGCUCAGAGUCUAAGAGGAAAUCUGUUUAGACUUCCAUGUGCUUUCCACACACACAUAUUUAGAAGAGUAGGUGGUUAAAUGAUAAAUUGUUUCAGAGCAGUCAUGAUCUUAUUGGGAAGAGUUAAAAAAAGAUGUGCUUUGCUCAGCAAAUUCGUGCCAGAUCGGUUGAGUAUUUUUUCCUUCCAUAUGAAAACGUUUAUGUGGGUCUUUUUGAAUACUUUGAAUUUGCAAAUAGCUCAUGAAGAUAAAUUUUACUUUUAGGUAGUACUGGCAGUCUUGCUUAAAACUCAGUAAUUAUCUCAGCCUCUCACAAAGCAUAGUGCAUUUCUCCCCCAGGAAACCUCUCUCUCUUUUUUUUUUUUUUUUCCUCUGGUUUGAGAGAAUGCAAGAUUGUUUUACAGGAAUUCAGAAAUGCAGCUAAAUGUUACCACUAGAUGUCAGUAGCAAUAAAGAUGAUUGACAGGGAGGCUGCUAAUGCUUAUAAAAUGUAGGUCAGUCUGAGACUGAGCAAUUGAUUUAUCUUGAUCGCUAAAAUAUUACGUUAGCUUCAUGGAUUCAUCAAUAGACAUUUUGGAUAACACACUUAAGUUACUGAUUGUGGGGGAAUCUGAAGGCCAGCCAAAUUUAUGUUUUGUUUUCUAGUUUACAAAACAAAAUUCCUUAGUCUAAUUUAACUGACCAUGAAAGCAUGGUGAUUUCCAUUAUGUUAAGAUAACCACAGCUGCCUGCUGCCCAGGAGCAGAGGACAAGUAGCUUUCUUUAAGGCUUGUUCUAUUUAAAAUUGUAGCUAAUGACUAUCUUUCCAGUUACUACCAACGUCCUCUCUCUAACAUACUGUAGCCUAAUCAAUUCUGGGAGCAAAGUUCCCGAACUGAGUCCUAAGGGCACAAGCACUCACUCGAAACCCCUCCGAAGUUUUUCAGCCACAAAGCUCUGCAGGCAGGGCUACCUUGCCACGAGACACGGCAAACGCGUUACGUGACCGACGCUGGAGCUGCUGCUCGCUGUGGCUGUGGCGGUUGCAUCGGUCCUGGCCCCUGCUGCUCCACGAGUGGUGAUGCUGCACCCCACCGUAAGCGCGGGGAGCGCUCCCUAAAGCUUCUGGUGGGAAUGGAUUUUUGGGGGAGGAGGGAACAUGGCCAAAUAACCCCCAUGUCUGUAACGGCAGUUCAGUGCUGAAAGCCUGCUGGCGGCUCGAGAGGCCCCUUGCUAGAGUAUGAACCUGAUGAUUUGGCCUGUGCUGAUGGGGGCAGGUGAGAUUAAUUAGUUUUGCAGCUGAAUUGUGGGCUUGGCCAGAGAGUUCAGGAAUAAUUUCUCUGAGUUAUGAAACCAGUGGAGAGAAAACCCGGUCUGACUCCAAACUGAAACUGUUUCCAAGCCUUAAUGCACUGGGAUUUUAGGUUUUGGUUUUUUGGUUGGUUGUUUAUUUGUUUUUGUUUUAAAUCAAGACAUUGCCACGUGCUUUGUUUUAUUGUCAUGGAGGGAGUCACCUUUCUUGUAAACACUGCUUCUAACACUUGCUGUAUAUAUAAUGGUGAUGAAUUUAUUUCCAUAUGGAUUUUUCUCCUGUGUAUUUAAAAAUAAGAAUGUUUCUUCUAACGAUGAAAGACUUUCUGAUGUGUUUUCUUUUUAGGAAACCAAUAGAUGAAAAUAUUUAGGUGAGCUUUUGUCUUCUGUAAUUUCAUAAAUUCAGCAUUUGAAAUCCUUAAGCAAACCAGCAAAACAUGUGUGAGGUUUCAGCAGUUCAAGACAUCCUAUGCAAUGAUGAAAAGUAAUCCAUGGAGAAUGACACAGGUCAUUACCUGUGGUUUUAAGAUUGUUAUAGUAACCCACUACCCAGGAAGCAUGUCUGUGAUGACCAAGGCUUUCAUGCUAGAAAGCCUGUGUUCUAGUUUGGCUGCUUUCUCCUCUUCCCCCUACAUGCAAGCUCAGUGUCUCAUUUCAGCUGCUGUAACUGAGCACAACCGUGUUGGCUGUAAUAGUGCUGAACUAGAUUACACCAGCAAAGGUUUCAGUCUGCAGUAUUUACUAUCUCACCAGCCCACAGCUCAGCUGUGAUUUUUUUAUACGUAGCACAUGGUUUUGCAGUCAGCCAAAUACAGUGGACUCUUGGGCCAGAAUGAAAGAACUCAUCCAUUUGUAAUGCAUAGCUUAAUUAAAAUAUUAAGAUGCCAGAAAUUUCCAGCUUUAUCGUAAUGGUAAAUAACGAUCCUUGGUCAAUAUAACUGUGCCUUAUUAGCCUGUAAAUUUAGUGUGUAUUAUAAAGGGAGCAUUACAGGUUAGGUUUCCUGGUCAUUGAAUACUGAUUUAAUGCUGCCCUCUAGAGGAGAUCUUUUUUUAAUAGAGAGGAACCAAUUUUAUGGUAGGACAAAUUUUAUGUCGUGACACUGUCCCUUAAUUGACAGCAGACAUAGGGAUGGGCGCACCCUUUGCAUUGACUAUAUGGUUUGAAUAGAUAUUUGUAAAACAGGAGCGCAUAGAUAGAAACUUUAAUCUUUUUUUCCAAAUCUGGUGCUUUUUUCUUGGGAAAUACCAUCAUAUUCCCGGGUCUUUUGUUUUUUUGGGGGUUUUUUGGGUUUUUUUUUUUUUUUUUAGUCCUAUUGUUGCCCAGACAAUUUAAAGCGUUAUACAAAUAAAAUCUAUUUGUAGUAGGUUACCCGUCAAGUUUCCAUUUUUAAAUUUCAGAGAAUGGAAGUUUUGAAUUAUUUUCUUUACAGACAACAGAUUUAUAUUUAAGAUACACAAAAAUAUUGGUAACAACAAAUAAUAAAAAUGUAAAUGCCCCCAAACCACUUAUCCUGGACAAAUACUGCAGGUAUCUGGCUGAAUUCAGAUCAGUGAGUUUUGUUCCAACUUGCACUAGCAUAGCUAGGAGUGUCUUCAGUAGCCACCUGAGGGUGGAGUAAAACCUCAGUACUGCCUUAUUUCAUUUUAAGUUCCUAAGUUCCACCUGUUAAAUAUCUGCUGACAUGCUUAGUAGCACUUCCAGCCUUCUAGUUGUUUAACCAGGAAGAUUUUCACGUGGGAGGUGAAGUAUUUGGAUAGAUUUCCAGAGGCCUAAGACACUUUAGCUUGCCAAAGCAAUCACUGUGGCAUAUACUGACAUUAGCAACCUUACAGGACAGCAUUUAUGUAAGAAUAUUUCUGGGACCCUUUUGCAAUAGUGAUUUUUUUUUUUGUUUGUUUGGGUUUUUUUUGUUUUUAAAGGAAAAAGAAGGGGAUGGGGAGGAGGGGAAGAAAACACCUGGUCACUCUAGUUAGUCUAGUCUCACUGUCAUUUACUGGAGUCACCUGCCUUUUAAUUGUGUCCCUGGCACUGCAGUGAACCUGACCGUAAUUAGUACAGUUUGAAAUACUUCACAGCUCCACUUUGGGGAAUCUAUUGCAGACUGAAGCAAACCAGUGAGUAAAAAAUCCAUUUCCUAAACUUUGUUUUCCUUGGUUGAUUAUCAUUUACGUUUGUAAGCUAAAAAUUACUUCUAGUAUUUUCACGUCCCCAGGUGAACUACUGCAACUUUUCCAUAUGCUUGUGUACCAUCAGAUGGCACAACAAAAGGGAUGUCUAACUAUUGUGUAAUCUGCAGCUAAAGUAAGUGCCGAAAACCUGUCACUUAGAAAUGAAUGGAAGAAGGACCUAAUAGAUUGUAUGACUCUAUACUACUGUAGGGAGCCUGGGGGAAAACCACAGGAAAGCUGGGAAACAUGAGUUUUCAAUGCAUAAGAAGUGGCAUUAUUGACAACAGAGUGGAAUAAGAAAUACAUUAUUAACAUUUGCGGUUUUCCUAUGUCUUAGGACAACAAUCAACCCCUGUUCGCUAAGUUCUGGUAGAAGUUGCCUCAUAGUUGCGCAGUUUCAUGGAACAGUCAGCUCGCUUGUGUGUGUUUGUGGUUUCUUAUAUAAUGUAGAUAUUAAUGAACAGAACCUUAAAAUGGAGAUGUCCUAAGUAUCUGUAAAUGACACUAAUACUACUUGCUGCUUUUUUAUAUGCUGUUAAACAUUGUAUUGUAUGCUUAACUUUGAAAAGUGCAUUUUACAUGAUGUUGUUAAGUAUAGGUGGGUGCAUAUCAAACUUGCAUUUCUGCAAUUACAUUAAAAAAUUAGGACCUGGUUUUGCAAAGCAAAAGCACCCAUGUUACCCACUGAAUUUCCAAAUUAAGCAGAAGAGGUAGUAUAUUGCUAUCAGCUAGAAUGAGAGUUGGAGUCCUGUUGUGUUUGCCGGUUAGUUUCACAGACGGAGUGCAGUUUUAUAGAAAAUUUCUUAACGUAGCAACUUUUUGCGCUACUAUUUGGGGUUCUUUUUUCUGGUAUCUUAAAAAUUAAUAAAAAAUAUUCAAUGUGAAGAAUGUUCAGCACAAAAUACCAGUGUCAAAACUGAAAGCCACCUGCUCUGUUGCAUUAAAUUACUUCGGACAGAAAUAUUUUUAAACUGGCAUGUACACUAGCAUUUCUGAAACACCAUAAUUUGAGAAAAUAACUACACCUGCUGGUAUUUAAAAUCUAAAUGAAAAUCGCACUUAUUUGUAUACAGUUUAGAAAAAUACAUGCAAUGCGUGCUUUGUCUGUCCAUAUUUGUUUUGAAAUUGUGCUGAUAGGGCUUAAUCCUCUACCAUGUUAUGCAAGUGUCCCUUAUUUAUGAGAGUGGUUGCAUCACUCCGGUAAGGCUGUUCAGAGGAGAAAGGGCUAUUCGCGUGUGUGUGCAGUUUGGACACCUUGCAAAAAUCAGUUUUGUUUUGAAUUUAUUUACAUGGUAUUCUAUACAACGCUGACUAAAUCUCUGUAAAAUGUAUCACCUUUAAAAAGAAAUAUAUAUAUAUAGAUAUUAAAAAUACAGAAAACGUACUUAACAUCUCUAUUUGCAAACUCUUUGUGGUCUUUAAUCGUGUAUGUGCCAUGAAAAGUAUUCUAUUUACUCAGUUCUUUGGGGAACAAUUACUUUAAAAAUGAAGGCAUUAAUAACAGUAUUUCUUAACCAUUGUUUUAAUGUGUUUAAAUGGUAUUAAUUAGUACUGCAUCAUGUAUUUCUAGUUUAAAGCUGUAAUGGACAGUACGUUAGCUUGAGACCUCCAAAAAUAUUUUUUCUCGUGCUUUCUGUACUAAAAGCAAAGACUAGAUUUUAAAAAAUGGUCUCUCUGUACAGAUUGCUUUUACAACUGUGUGAAUAUGUAUAAUGAACUCUGCAUUUGUAACCAAGAAUUAACUUUCCAAACUGUAAAUGUUCAGGUUGUUAUUAUAAAUAGCUACUAAAUAUCUUAACCAGACAAGAGUUCAAAUAAAGAUUAACAGCCAUUA